UCUUUGGUCCUUCUGUUACCCAGCUCCUGGAGGCGGUGGUUGUAGCAGCCCUUGCUGGUCCACACCAUGGCCACUUGCUGGCAGGGCCUGUGGGCCUAUCGCUCCUACAUGAUCGUGUUCUUGCUGCCCAUUCUCCUGCUGCCUCUGCCCAUCCUCGUCCCCAGUAAGGAGGCCUACUGCGCAUACGCCAUCAUCCUCAUGGCGCUCUUCUGGUGCACUGAGGCCCUGCCCCUGGCGGUCACUGCCCUCUUCCCCUUAAUCCUGUUCCCUAUGAUGGGCAUCAUGGAUGCGUCUGAGGUUGCCGUCGAGUAUCUUAAGGACUCCAACCUCCUGUUCUUCGGGGGGCUGCUGGUGGCCAUCGCGGUGGAACACUGGAACCUGCAUAAACGCAUCGCCCUCCGUGUCCUCCUCAUUGUUGGGGUGCGGCCUGCCCUGCUAAUCCUGGGCUUCAUGCUGGUCACGGCCUUCCUGUCCAUGUGGAUCAGUAACACGGCCACCUCGGCCAUGAUGGUGCCCAUCGCACACGCCGUCCUGGACCAGCUGCACAGCUCGAAAGCCAGCAGCAACGUCGAGGAGGGCAGCAGCAACCCCACCUUCGAGCUCCAGGAACCAAGUCCCCAGAAGGAUGUGACCAAGCUUGAUAAUGGGCAGGCCCUCCCUGUCACGUCUGCUCCUUCGGAGGGGAGGGCACAUCUCAGCCAGGAGCAUCUCCACCUCACCAAGUGCAUGAGCCUGUGCGUGUGCUACUCCGCCAGCAUCGGGGGCAUCGCCACGCUGACCGGCACCGCACCGAACCUGGUGCUGCAAGGCCAGAUCAGCUCGCUCUUCCCCCAAAACGGCAACGUGGUGAACUUCGCCUCCUGGUUCAGCUUCGCCUUCCCCACCAUGGUCAUCUUGCUGCUGCUGGCCUGGCUGUGGCUGCAGAUCCUCUUCCUGGGCUUCAACUUCCGGAAGAACUUUGGCAUUGGGGAAAAGAUGCAGGAGCAACAGCAGGCAGCCUACUGCAUCAUCCAGACCGAGCACAGGCUGCUGGGCCCCAUGACCUUUGCAGAAAAGGCCAUCAGCAUCCUAUUCGUCAUCCUGGUGCUGCUCUGGUUCACCCGGGAGCCGGGCUUUUUUCUUGGCUGGGGCAACCUGGCUUUUCCCAAUGCCAAGGGGGAGAGCAUGGUGUCCGAUGCGACAGUGGCCAUCUUCAUCAGCAUAAUUAUGUUCAUCAUACCCUCCAAGUUCCCAGGGCUGACCCAGGACCCAGAAAACCCAGGGAAGCUGAAGGCCCCUCUUGGCCUCCUCGACUGGAAGACGGUGAACCAGAAGAUGCCGUGGAAUAUCGUGUUAUUGCUGGGUGGUGGCUACGCCCUGGCCAAGGGCAGUGAGCGAUCAAGCCUGUCAGAGUGGCUGGGAAACAAGCUGACCCCACUGCAGAGUGUGCCAGCUCCAGCCAUUGCCAUCAUCCUCUCCCUCCUGGUGGCCGUCUUCACCGAGUUCACUAGCAACGUGGCCACCACUACGAUCUUCCUGCCCAUCCUAGCCUCCAUGGCCCAGGCCAUCUGCCUCCACCCUCUCUAUGUCAUGCUCCCCUGCACUAUGGCCACCUCCCUGGCCUUCAUGCUGCCCGUGGCCACCCCGCCCAAUGCCAUCGUCUUCUCUUUCGGGGACCUCAAAGUGUUGGAUAUGGCCCGGGCGGGAUUCCUGCUCAACAUCAUUGGAGUCCUGGUCAUCGCACUGGCCAUCAACAGCUGGGGCAUCCCCCUCUUCAGCCUGCACUCUUUCCCCGCCUGGGCACAGUCCAACACCACAGCCCAGUGCCUGCCGAGCCUGGCCAACACCACCACACCAAGCCCCUAGGCUGGGGCACAGCCUGGCCAUGCCCAGGAAGACCCACCCCGUUCCCACUCCUCUGAGCCGGGAGGGGACACCCCAAGCUCCA